UAACCUGAAGGGGAGAAAACAUUUCCUUGUAGGAUUAGCAGGGAGCAACUGCAACAAUGAAAGGCUGUGUUCUCCUCACCAUUGUAUGGUUUAUCUUCUGCACGGAGGCAGGAGCAGCAAAUACCACAGACACACCGAGUGUCUCCACGCCCGCAGAAACAUCGAGUGUCUCCACGCCCGCAGAAACAUCGAGUGUCUCCACGCCCGCAGAAACAUCGAGUGUCUCCACGCCCGCAGAAACAUCGAGUGUCUCCACGCCCGCAGAAACAUCGAGUGUCUCCACGCCCGCAGAAACAUCGAGUGUCUCCACGCCUGCAGAAACAUCAAGUGUCUCCACGCCUGCAGAAACAUCGAGUGUCUCCAUGCCCACAGACACAUCGAGUGUCUCCAUGCCCACAGAAUCAUCGAGUGUCUCCAUGCUCACAAACUCAGCGGAUGCUCCAACUUCCACAAAUGCAACAACUGCAGGAAUACUAACUACAUCAGGACCCCUUACUUGUGCUGACCAACCAUGUGAACAUGCUGCUACAUGUAUUGAUCUGUUCCGAAGCUUUUCAUGCCAAUGUCCUUAUGGAUUUUACUAUAUGCACACAUCAGGUUGCCAGCAAGGCAAAGUAUUUCCAGGAGAAUUCACUCUGAUUCAACCAUAUAAUCAAGAUAUGGAAAAUAUUCAUUCUGAAGUUUAUGCAGCUUUGUACCACAAUGUCACCAACAUUUUCAGUGACAUAUUCAAAGAUGAGAAAAGUUACCAGGAAACAAUCAUUAUAAGCAUAAAACAAUCUACACAAGCAUCGAAAAGGCUGAGUAAGGCUGAAGCCGCAAACAACAUCGACAUUACAUUAAUCAAUUUGUUUGAUAUAAACACAAAUGUAACACCUCAAGUAUGGAUGGAGAAGGUUAAUAGUUCAAAUGACAUCAAGUUCGAUCGGAAUCUAUCACAGUGUGCUGUUUAUGGCUGUGAUGUAAAAACUACGAUAUGCAAGGACACAAGCAGUGAUUCUCAUCCUACCUGUGAAUGUCAUUCACAUCUUGCCAAGAAGAACACCGAGGACAAAGCUUGUUUACUUUGUAAGUCCACUGAGUGCUCUCCGGAAAAGAAUCAACGCUGUAUUAUGACAGCGGAAAACGUUCCAGAGUGUCGGUGUCAGUCUGGUUUCCAAAAAGAGGGUGACAAAUGUCAGGAGUGUAAUUUUGGCUACUCUGGAGAAGACUGUAAAGAAGUUUACCUGGCAGCCCUCGUAGGAGUAUCUGUUACGUGUGGAGUUGUUAUUAUAGUCUUAAUUGGAGUGCUCAUCUACAAAGUAAUCAGAAGAAAUAAAGAGCCUUCACUUGAAAGAAGGAGCUUGCUACAAAAUGAUUAUUCAACCACAAGAGAAACUCCUGGAAAUGGCUCUUACAGCAACCCUGCUGUAAAGCAGAGGAUGUUCCCCAGAGUCCAAGCUGGAAAUCCUGCAGGGGAAACCAGAACAACCACAGCUAACCAAGGAGGCAAUUUCCGUGAAGCAGGCGCAGCAAACAAGGCUUAUGUUCCUGAGCGGGACUAUGAUGACGACAAUAAUCCCUGGCUUGAAAUGUCAUCAAGAGACAGAUUCUGAGUCUAACCAUAAGAGACUGCAGAUGUUUGUGAAUGUGAACACUACUGAGAAGCCAACACAUUUUCCUUCUGAACCACUUUGUGACACUACUGUUUGGUAAUUAGAGUGCUCACAAUACAGGAGAAGAAUCCUACUAAUCACUUCUGAAGGAUCGACAUGCCACCUAAACGGCACUAGCUCUAGUCUCAGUCCAGAGAAAGGCUGAGUCUUUUCUUCUUGUCUUUUUUUAAAGGAUUUUUUUUUAAGUAUUGUUUUCAACAAAUAUUACCUUAGAAACUAGGCGAGCAGUCCAGGCAACACGCGUUGGUGACGUGACCUCUGUAAUGUACUAUUAAUCCCUUUAACUUGGUAUAUAUCUCCAGCAGCAUGCCAAAGCACAUUUUAAAAAUUAUUUUGUAAAUAAAUAUAAUUGCAAUGCCCUGUGUUGUCAUUGCUACCUCUCUGGGGUAAACAUGCUACAUAGUGGUUUUUUAUUGGUCAGUGCUAACCUCCUCCAAAGUAGGGAAGGUGUUCAAGACCAAACCAAGCCUAUGUGUGUGUGGGUGUACAACUGUCUCCAAUAAAGAUCCCAAGAGUAGUAUUCCCAGUUCCCCAAAAUUAGCUGUUAACUCUAGAAUCUACACAGCACAAUGUGUGUACUUGUACCUGCCUUGAUCAGUUGCUGAUGGUUUGUAGGCAGAUAUCACUGGCCCCUAGAAGCCUGGCUCCAACAGGGCCUGAAUGACUAGUUCUGGGCCUGCCAUAGAAAGCAUUUUACAAAUGCUCAUGUCCUUGUAGAUUACUGGAUGACUCUUAAUUCUGACGCACAGAUGUAAUCAAGUGUCAGCCAUGCUUUCCCUAAUAAACUGUUUAAAGUUUUUUACUUGCUAUAAGCGUUUAAAUAAAAGCAUGUAAUAUGUGACCACAGUUACUUUAUGUCAAGGUGUUCUUAUCCAAAAAAUGUCGAAAUUGCUUUGCAAAAAUUAUGAACAGCACAUUGUCCACAAGAUGGUGCUGUAUCAUUAACUACAACUCUAGUUCACAAACUUGAGUUCUGGUGUUCCUGAAACUUUUGGUGCAAGGAGACCAUUUUCUCAUGGAAUAAACAUAGCUUCUUAUGCUGCACUGCCACAAAAAACAGACCCUCCAAGUGUCCCUAUUUUCCAGGGACAGUCCAGGAUUUACAGAUGCCAUCCUGGUUUCUGAUUUGAUCCCGGAAUUUCCCGCAUUUCCUUAGUUCGGCCCUAUUUUCAUUGGAGAAAUGUUGACAGAUAUGGAAUAGGAUGUACCUGUUUUCAUCAGAGAAGUGUUGGAGGGUAUGGCUAUGAGAGUCUUACUUUUGCUACCCACAUAUCCAAAUCACCACACCUGAAAUCAUGCCCAUAAUGAGUUCACUUUUACUAUGGCUGCUGAGUUGUCUUCCUCUGCCCUGUUUUGAAAGUGAACUUUUUGAUCCUGUAUUUGCAUUGCAUUGAUAGUAUUUCCUAUAUCUUAUUUAUUUAUAAGUAUGAAUUAUUAUUGUUCUUCUUUUUACCUUGCAAGCUACUUGGAGACCUUCUUGUAGUGUGCCCAACCAAUAAAUAAAUAAAUAAAUAAAUAUUUAAAUGCUGGCUUUGUUGUCCUU